AUUAUGUUGAGAUUGCAUUUCUUAGUUCUCACUUAUUAAUAAAUAAUGAUCAUGGAAAACGUAAUGAAAUCAAUUGAAUUGAUACCUACACGUGUUGAGCGUAAGGAGUUGCUAUGUGUUAUUGCAGCUGCUACUGUUAUAUAUGCCUUCCACCAGUUAAUUUUAGUCAAGCAUGAACAAGUUCAAAAAGAAAUCCCAACCCCUCCAUUAUCAUUUCCAAUAGUAGGUCAUAUGUUCUCUUUGGGGGCAUUACCAGGUAGAACAUUCUCGCAGUGGCACAGUAAAUUGGGCCCUAUUUUGAAAAUAAAAAUGGGAAUUCGGACAUGGAUUAUAGUAGAUGAUCCCUACUUGGCCCAUAAAAUUUUUGCAACGAACGGUGCUGAUACCUCCUUUCGGCCUGUUAAUAAUUUCGGUGAUGAACAUUAUAGCUUUCAUGGAAAAGGCAUGAUUUUCUCUCAACCAGAUGGUCCAGGACCAAAUCCAAGAUCUGUUGUUUCAUCCAUUAUGGGACCUAAACAAAUUUUCAAAUAUAUGGAUUCAAUCGAACGUGAAGCCAAUGAUUUAGUCAAUAGGUGCAUUGAUCAUACUGAAAAGAAUGGUGGUACACACCCAACUCAAUUUUUUGCUCUAAAUUCUAUAAAUGUUAUGGUCUCUGCGCUAUUCGGCAAGAGGUUUGACUCUGUUCAAGAUCCAGAAUUUAUUCAGUUGUCAAGCUUAGUGGAAGAAAGCAUCAAGUUCAGUGGAUUGGAGUCUGAUCUAGCUAAUUUUCUUCCGAUAUUUUCUGUGUACAAUUACUUGACUGGUACAGAAGCUAAAAUGAAGCACCAUAUAAAUCAAAGACGCAACCCACUUUAUCAAAAGCUGAUUAAGGAAGCUGCCGCGCGCGAAGGCCCGAAUGCUGUUAAAUCUCUUUUAGAAAGUGAUUUUGAUUUACUAGAGGAAGAUUUGAUUACAUUUAUGUCCGAUCUUAUAGUAGCAGGAAUGGAUACGGUUACCCUUACUUUGACUUGGAAUGUUGCAAUUAUGUGUCAUUAUCCGGAUGUCCAGCAAAAAGUGUUUGAAGAGAUUGAUCAUUUUAUGAAAAGUCAUGGGCGACUUCCUCAGUUUAAGGAAAGAGAAGAAUUGCCCUAUUGCAUCUCUGUAAUCAAAGAAUGUAUGCGCUAUAAACCAACAACUCCGUUUGGUCUAAUUCAUGUUAACCGUCAUGAACUCAAGGUUGAUGGUUAUACAAUUCCCGAGGGUUCUAGCAUAAUAUCAAACAUGGAUAGUAUCCAUAAACGGCCUGAAAUCUAUCCCGAACCUGAGAAAUUUUUACCGGAAAGAUUUUUAAAUAAUUUAAGAACCAUGCAAUCGGCAGCUAAUGGGAAAAUUGAAGAUAGAGAUCAUUAUAACUUUGGAUGGGGAAGACGCAUUUGUCCAGGGAUUCAUAUAGCUGACGUAGAAAUGUUUUCGGCAUUUGUUCAAAUUUAUUCCAAGUGUCUUAUUGAGCCUUAUGAUAGGAUGCCUGACAUUGAAGGUGCUGUAAAUGCCGGUCUUGUUCUAACUCCUCAUCCUUUCAAAGUAAAGUUUACUAAACGCUCUGUAUGUCACCUUUAAUGAAAAAACUUAGUCAAUAAAUUUAUUUUAAAC